AUGCCAAAUUUGUGUUCAGACAGUCGCACAGGCAUUCAGCACUCCUCUUCAAACAGGUUCUCCACACACCCUCCAGAGAGCGACCAAUCAGACCAGUUGCAGGACUUUGUUGAGGAAGAAGCUGUAGUAAUGGCUCAUGAGCUUGAACAUCUCAACUUGGACCCCUACGUUUCGAAAGACGUGCUUGCUACUUUGAAAAAGCACCUUGUCCAAGGAAUGCAAAAUUAUAAAUCUCGUCUUCGCUCCUCUUGUCCUGAAAGCACACAUUUAAACCAAUCUAAGCCAGUUUCUUGUCGCGCGCGCUCGUCUUCUUCCGCUUCUCUACCUCCAUAUUAUCCUUCUUCCGGUCCAUCCAACAAUAUUCGUCACUCUAAAUCCUCAUUCCAGUCAGUAAUGUCGCCUCAUUCAUGUUCUCCUGACUCUUGUCUUCCAUUCCCCAUAAUUCCCCCCACAUGCUCCCCCUCUCCGAACACCUCGUAUGCUUCACCUCCCAACGUCAACCCUAAAAGAUAUUAUGAACCCUCUCCAGACCACUUAUCUCGAUCGCACACUCCUGAUUGCCGUCUUAAUCCCGAUUUUUAUAAUGUUACAUCGCAGGAAACUUCUGGAUACCCAGUCAUCAGAUGUCAGAUUGAUGAGGGUCAGUGUUCCCAACCCGGCAAUCGCUAUGACAAUGACGUGCGUCCUCAAGGCAAAGAAUUGGUUGAUGGCAGAGGAACAUUGAGCCCUGGCCCCUCUCAGUUGCAAGGUUCUGAGUCGUUUGACUUGGAUUGUUCGAAAAUCACCAAAGUCUACCUCCUGAAGGAAUGUUCUCCUGUCGAGAAUUCACCCUGUUGCCAGUUGGUUUUGCAGUCGUCUCCUCAGCAGGCUAACAGUGCGGUCGUACGAGGCGGUUUUUUGCGCUUAGUAGCGAUGUUUCGAGGCAAGCUUAUCAGGGAUCUCUUUAUUACUGAAAAGGUGAUCGACAUAAUACGGAUGAUAAAGGACACGGCAGAAGUACUGCUGUCCUUUUGUUCCGACAAGAACUGUAAUUUGGAGAAAGAGGAGGAGCAAUUUGCUUGCCGUCUGCAAUUGCAAUUGCAAACUUCCCUGUCCAGACUCCAUCAGCUCUUCAUAGAGACCACACCGGGGGAGCGACUGGCGGCUUUGAGGGGGUCCCACAACUGGCGUGUGGCCAACAACUUCGGCCAACCACGCCAGCGCUCCCCACCCAUUUCCACUUUGGCCUGUGCCACCUCGCUCCCAACGGUCCGUCCGCCGCUAUACAAUCCUUCCCCUCGAAUCACCUCGCUGCUCGUCUCCGUCUCCUCGCCAAGUUGUUCAUUUACUGACUUUGUUGAACAGGUGAAGGCGUUAUAUCUUGGUGAUCUACGCAUUUGCGCCCUUGGAAUCAAGCAAGGUUCACCCUCCCCAGCCCCGCAGCAGCGGCAGAGGCCCCAGGAUGGCCAGAAAACUGCGUCCGACGCCCCGGCCGACGUGCUCCGCUUUUGCGACGACUGGUACCAAGUCAAUCGCCUAUGCGCCCUCGCCAAUCUUCAACUGAACCCUCGCUCAGUUCCCACGAAGAUCCCUCCCUCGCACUCACUGCGCACUGCCUGUUCCAUGUGCCAACAUCGAAUUCAACCACCACCCUGUCUGUUGUCAGAGAAGGAGCAGGCGGGUUCGACUCGAAGCCAACGACAAUCGGAGCAAAGGGGGUCUUCAAUCGAGAGAAGCCAGCGUUCUGCGAUGGAGCAAAGGCAGUGUCAGUCGGAUCAAAGUCGUUGCUCGGCAGAGAGAUUCAAAUCCUCCAUGAAAGAGAAUCAGUGUACGUUGGAGCAAAAACAAGCGACACUGCACCCUCUGAGGAGCAAGCAGUGUCAAAUGGAACAACCUCAGCCGUUGGGGCGCUCCAGCUCCUCAGGGGAGAGGAAGCAACGUCAAUCUUGCCCAAAUCAGUGUCAAUUGGAUCGAUUGCCACAUUCUGCACUACCACAAUCGAUGGUGGAAUUGGAGGAUGCACCGAUGUGUCAAGAUUCAUGGGAGGAGGAGAGCGAGGACGCACUACGCCAAGAGGAGAUGGAGGAUUCACCGCGACCACUGGUACAUCUAUGGCAGGAAGGAAGCGAAAGGUCGCUCGACUCCUCGGAACCCAGCAAUGCCGCAAUUACUCCUUGCAAUGGACUCCAGGACGUGGAAUUGAGGCACAGCCAGAACCUUGCAUCGGAGGGUCCAAUCUCCGCUGUUGUAACAAUUCCAGGCUACCUGUCGGUGAAUUUGCACCGCUGGCCCAGUCGUCACAGUCUUCAUAUAUACAUGCCGGAUUAUGGGACGAGUCACGCCAAACAAAACGAUGCACCUCAAGAAACCGAAGAAUGUCAGGCGAUCAUCCAGAAUCCCGAUCCCUGUGUGGAGGAGACCUCAAAUUGUUGCGAAACCCGGACGGCAAUGACAACACCAGAUGCAUUAGAGAAGAAGAAGGUGCAAAUAAGUUGUUGUGGAACGCCAAGGAGCGAAUCCUCCAACACCAACAACACGAUUUGCCCAGGUGUUCCACACCUCAACAAAGAAGAAGAGGUGGAGUCAGGUGUGAAGAUCGGGGUGAACUUGCGACUUCAAAUGUACCGAAUGGUCAAUCAGAUGAGGGAGGAGAAACAACUCCUGCGUGGCCGAGUAAUAGCUUUCAGACACAUCGAGCUUCAGUGGCGCUCGAUUAUCCUCCCAAACACGGCAGACGUGUGCGCGGUGACCUGCAAGUGGGUCGAUGUGGGUGAAAGAGAGGAGCCUUUGAAGAUGCCAUUGAUGCUGACGGCGAAAACGACGAUGAGGCUGACCGACUUGAAGGACACGGAUUCCUGA